AUGAGAGGGCUCGUCUGUCUACUGCUUACUGGACUGUCGCAGGCAGUCCGGGUAUAUCUCACACCCAACCCGUCUGUGCCAGCUGAGCUCUCGGCAAGUCAAGCAGGAGCUGUACUCGCUCGACAUCUUGGAUUGGACUACUAUGAGCCCCUGGAAGACGCCGAAUCGUAUGCCGCUGUGGCUCAGCAGGAGGCUUUCGUGGGGCGGGGAUCGGGUAGCGCUCUAUUACUGAGCAUACCGGAGGAGGACGCCGAAGAUGCCGUGCCAUCCUCUCUCAAAGAAUCAUUCGUUCUUUCCUCCUCUUCGUCUCUUUCUUCCCUGUCAUCUCUUGUGCCCACCUACCUUGACCGGGCACGCCACGCAUACACACAUGUAUUCGCCCAACCAAGUCUGCCCGAAGACGUGCCACGGAUCAUCGACAUAUUCUCUGUCCCAUCUUCCGCCUCGCAGACUUUCCUCUCGGAAAUGACCGCCAUUGUUGAUUUCCUCGAGUCCAACGACAUUCCGAACGACAAGUUUGCUGCGCUCGAGCUCCGGGGCCUCUCCGCCAUCGCUGCGGAACAUGGCCGAGACAGCGAGCAGUACCGCCUCGCCUCGGAGACCAUCCAGAGCACCCUUGAAGGCAUUCUUCAGUCUCGCGGUCUCAAGUUCGCGCUUGUGACAGCCCCUACGUCAGUGUUGGAUAUGAAACGGCAGGUCACGAGUGUCGCGCAACAACCGCCGCAGAGCCCGCUUCCCCCGCCCAUUGUUCACCCUGCGGAGCCGAUCGACGCGGUCACAACGUGCUACACCACUGCCGACGCGUGCGGAAACUCAACGAACGCGUGUAGUGGACACGGCCAGUGCGUGCAGGCAAGCAAGGGCAGCCGAACGUGCUUCGUGUGCUCGUGUGCUUCGACGAAGGACGUGAAGGGGCGGACGGAGUACUGGGCGGGCAGUGCGUGCGAACGGGAGGACGUGAGCGGGCCGUUUGUGUUGGUAGUGGGCACUGUAGUUGCAUUAAUUGUCCUCGUGGGCGGAUCGAUAGCUUUGCUAUCGAGCAUCGGGGAGCAGGAGCUUCCAAACACGCUAACGGGUGGCAUUGUACCCACGAACAAGAAAGAUUGAGGUUUCCGGACCGUUUCAAUGCAUUGUUCUUUGCAUCU